GCUCCAAAGCUUGCCAGCAGAUCGUCGGCAGCGGGGCGAAGGUAGCGGCCGCUGCCCGAGCUGGGAUAAAAAGCGGAAUGGGAGGAUACCGGCGGGACGUUGGGGUGCAGUGCGCAGAGAGGACGGACGUGCCCCCGGAGCUGAACAUUCCCACGAGAAGACCGCGAGCGGCCCUGGAAACUUUUAGCGGCAGGACUUCCACACGCAAGUGAGAAAAAGGCAAAGCCGAGGAAAAGGAUGCAAGCUUGGGUGCUGCUGGCCAGCUUCGUGUUGGCCGCCUGGCACUUCUUCCUCGCCGGUGCCCACAUGAUGCCCGACAACAGGCUGAGCAGCAACAAGGCGACCGUCCCGGGCGACCCCCAAUCGCACGCGCCCGUCGUCAUUGUCGAACUGCCAAAACCAGGAAAGAAAAAGAAGCCAAAAAAGAACAAGCUCGGCGGCAGGAGGCGCCCCCCGCCGCCCGCCGGGUGCGUCCCCCUGUGGGGCAGCUGCAAAACGGCCGGAAAGGUUUGCUGCGACUUCUGCGCCUUCUGCCACUGCCGCAUCUUCAGGACCGUGUGCUACUGCCGCAUGGGAAACCCUCAAUGCUGAGGGCCCCCCGCCCCCCCCCCCCAUGAUCCCCGAGUUUCCAAGCUUGCCUGAAGUCGACUGCAUGAAAGCACUUUAACACGGACUGCAUGUUAGCAUACAUAUCCCAAGCUUCUGAUGACAUUUAGCGAAGUGCAUGACUAAGAUAUGAAUCUCAAUAAAAUAUAUUACGCAACAUCA